GCAGCCAGCCAGUCGGCUAGCCAGUGUGCCAGCGAGCCAAGCAGCCGGCGGCCGCUGUAGCCGCCGCCGCCGCAGCACAAGGACAGACGCGCCGCGGUGCGAGGCUCGGGCCAGGGCGCUCUGUGUCCCCCGCUCCUCACCGCGCCCGCCGCAACGCAGAUGGAACAAGAAGAUAAUCGGGGUAUGUGUGAACACCAGGACUCUGAAGACAGAGCAAUGGGCUCUGAUUUUGAGAACAUUGAGGACAGGGAAGGGGACCCAGAAGACAGAGGAAUGGGCUCUAAUUCACAGGAGGCAGAAGAAAGAGGCCACCUGGAGCAGAAGAUGGGCUCCAACCCACAGGAUGAAGCUCUAAGUGAGGACUCAAGGGAGAGGGAAGUAGUGUCCGACAUCUGCACAGAGGGGCUGCUGAGUGAGGAAGAAGCCGUUGCUCUCCAUGAGGAAGAUGACCAGCCUAGUGUGGCUGACAUGGGGAUAUUCGCAGGACUAUCUGAGUCAGACAGCAUAUCCCGGAGUCCCCCGGAAGAGGAGGAGGAGAGUGCUGGAGAGAACAGGUUACAAGAGGAAGAGGAGCAGCCGCCACCUCCCGUACUUCCCUGGAGGCGCCACCUCUCCCUGGGAAGUCGCCACCGAGGUGACAGACCUGCUCACCGCCGCUUCCACCGUCUUCACCACCCCAUGGCCAUGGACCUCGGGGAGCUAGACAGCCUGGUGGCCAGCAUAAUGGACGCGCCCACUAUCUGCCCCGACUGUGGGGAGAGCUUCAGCCCAGGUGCCGCUUUCCUACAGCACCAGCGUAUUCACCGCCUGGCCGAGGCCGCUGCGGUAGCCAGCCUGGAGCCCUUCGGCCUCGCUGGCGAGUGCGGAGCUGUGGUGGGGAUGAUGGGAAUGGGCGUGGCAGGGGGCUUCGGGGCGGGGCCUGCUCUGGCCCGGCCCCCGCGCGAGAAGCCCUUCCGCUGCGGGGAGUGUGGCAAGGGUUUCAGCCGCAACACCUACCUGACAAACCACCUGCGCCUGCACACUGGAGAGCGGCCCAACCUGUGUGCAGACUGCGGGAAGAGCUUCAGCUGGCGUGCUGACCUGCUCAAGCACCGGCGCCUGCACACUGGUGAGAAGCCCUAUCCAUGUCCGGAGUGUGGAGAGGCCUUCAGCCUCAGCUCUCAUCUACUGAGCCACAGGCGUGCGCAUGCGGCCGCCAGCGGUGCAGGUGCUGCAGCGUUGAGGCCCUUCGCCUGUGGGGAGUGCGGCAAGGGCUUCGUGCGCCGUUCACACCUGGCCAACCAUCAGCGCAUCCACACGGGCGAGAAGCCUCAUGGUUGCAACGAGUGCGGCAAACGCUUCAGCUGGCGCUCGGACCUAGUGAAGCACCAGCGGGUGCACACAGGCGAGAAGCCCUACAUGUGCUCAGAGUGCGGUGAGACCUUCAGCGUCAGCUCCCACCUCUUCACGCAUAAGCGCACGCACUCGGGUGAGCGGCCCUAUGUGUGUCGCGAGUGCGGCAAGGGCUUUGGGCGCAACUCACACCUGGUGAACCACUUGCGUGUGCACACCGGCGAGAAGCCCUUCCGCUGCGGCCAGUGCGAGAAGCGCUUCAGCGAUUUUUCCACGCUCACGCAGCACCAGCGCACGCACACCGGCGAGAAACCCUACACAUGCAUUGAGUGCGGCAAGAGCUUCAUUCAGAGUUCUCACCUGAUCCGCCACCGCCGCAUCCAUACUGGGAACAAGCCACACAAGUGCGCCGGCUGUGGCAAAGGCUUCCGCUACAAAACACACCUUGCGCAGCACCAGAAGCUGCACCUGUGCUAGGGCUGGGUCUGAGCGAGGUCGCCCUCUGUGAAGCAUGUGGGGAAUAGGUGUCCUGGGGACAAACCUUAUUGAAAGACGUGGGGGGAGGGGCAAGCUGAGAGUGACUGAGGAGCCUUUUGGUGUUAAGGAGUCUUCAGUAAGAGUUUUUAUUUUGGGGUGCUAUAUUUUGCCUACUUCCCUUCCAGGAAGCUUUUGGGGAGAUGUGUUUGAGUAAUGACUUCCUGAACUAUACCCUGUAGGGAGUGAAGGGCUUGAAGAAGUAGGUACUUUGAGGAAGGGGAUUUGGAGAGUGGGGGAAAAACAGGAUGGCAGGCAGUGGAGUAGAUUGGGCUUCGAUGACCUGUGGGAAUCAGGGGAGAAGAGAUGGUUGGAAUGAAAAUUAUGGGUAAAGUAUAAUGCGGGUAUAAAUAAUUCUGAACUGCUCCAAUCAGGUGGUAGGCCAAUGUUUUCCCUGAGCCCCCAAGUCAGCUAUAAUGAGGAGACUCUUGUCAAUCCUGAAGGAGAGGAUAUUUAGUAUACUCUUCCUUUCUCUGAGCCACAGCUGCUAUUUUGAGGCAUCCAAGGGAAACCGUGAAGAAAAACUACACAACCUCAUUUUAAGGGAUGACUUCUAGGGUUUAGAAAUACAUUUGUAACUGGUUCUUAGAUCUCUUGUGCUCUUGCUUCUGACUCCUUGGUACUGCCUUGAACAUACUCUGACUUUGUGGGAGGUCAAAAUCAUCUAUGUGGGUGACCUGCCCCUUGCCCUGUGUCAGGUGUGUGCCAGACCCAGUAUUUCUUUAAGGUGUCAUUUGUGAUCUUUUAAGUGUCAGGCAAAUGGAACAAUCUCAGCUAUGUGUGACUUUCCGCUUCCCAGGUCAGCUUGAUGCCUGUGUUUCAAGUGAACCCCAGAUGGUAAACUGCUGUCCUGGUGACCUGCUACAGAAGUCAGUUAGCUUAAGAGUUUUUCUGGCAGUAUGUGAAAAAUCCAGGAAAGCAAAGUUUAUAAGUUGGGAUGCAAGGCUCCUUUGUUUCUUUGCCUUCACUUUGCAUGUGUGUGCCCUGUUCCCACUUACCUCCAACUCCAUCCAUAUUGAUGAGGGAUCUAGUUCAGGCAAGAAUUUCAUUUUCCUACAUGUGGAGGCACAGUAGAAAUCUCAAGGCUUUACACAAAGAGGGCACAGUCAGGGAGAGGUGUAAAUGCAAAAUUGCCAAAUAGCACAAGCAUUGAAUGUUUUCUAGUUGUUAUAUAGAUGCCAAAAUAGCACUUUUGUACUUGCAAAGUGCUUUAUGCUUUUUAAUGAUUGUUAGUUGUUUCUCACAUCUUUGUGAGGUAAAUCAGUAUUAUGACCUCUGUCUUAAGGGAAGCCUGGGGGCAGGUGUGUAGCAGGCUGACCUGAGUGAAGGCUGAGGACAGUGUGAAGAGGUAUGGCCUCACCUUUUGUGUUCUCCAGCUCAGCUGCUAGGAAGACUUAUCUGUCAUGAUUUAUAUAAUAAAAUAAGGACACUGAACAUUCUUACCCUUGAUUGGAAACUCAAAGCUAGCCUAGAAGGGCCAAAGAUGUCCUUAUUGACAAAGCUGGUCUUUGUCACUUAAUUAGAGUGACCUAGUUAUGUUGUAUUUCUAGUAGGGAGCUGUAGUUAGAUGAUUUUUGUAUAGAUUUCAGUUCCAUAUGCUGAAAGUUCCUCCCCUAGGUUAGCCUUUAGAAGUUAGAGUUGUGGGAAACAGUAUUGUUUUCUUCACUAACAUUUGUUACCCUGUAUUAUUCAUGGGAAGCAUCUUCAUAAACUGUUGGACACAGUUGAAGGGGGGAAAAGUUACAAAAUUGUUUUUACAGUUUUAGCAAAGUUUCUGUGAAUGCUAGUAAUUUAUACUUGAUCAGUUGUAUUCUAGCAAAGAACUUCUUUGGGGACUGUAGAAAAGCAUGUUUUUGUCAUUGUAAGAACACUGAAAAAAAUUCUGCAAAUUCUGGGUUUGUAUGUUGCCUGUUGAUCUUGCCCUCUGAAUCAGUUUACUGCUAUUCAUAAAUAAAACUAGAUGUUCACACUAGGGAUAAUUUCAAAAUACUAAUUCUUUUAAAUUUUAUUUUAAUCAAGAAUUAUACCAGCAAAAUACAUUUCCAUUAUUUAUAAUGACUCUUAUAGUCUGAAUUAAAUACCAAGUGUAUAAGACCACCUAAAAAUAAUGUAGCCACUUUAUAGGUAAUCUUUUUUCUUUAUGUAUUUUUUUAUGCACAUCUACCUCUUCCAUCUGUUUUAAGUUCUUUCAAGCCUGUGCCUGUGAAAUCUCAUCCAACUUUUGAUUAUUCAUGGGUUGAUUAUCCACUUUAUUGGUUAUUUGGUCUUUUGCUGCCAUCAAUAUGCACAGUCUCAUUAGCAUCAAAUGUAUCCCAUAUCAGCAGCUUUGAGAGAGGGUUCAAUGGAAAAUGAAGAUUGAAGCUUGCAUGAAAUAAUGGCAGUAGAAAUCCUUGGACUUGCCUCUAUUGUUCUUUCUAUUACCAUGGGUAAAAGAGUCAGGUAUCAUGUCAGUGUCUUUUCUAUGAGCAAAUCAUUUAGUAGAAGAAAACUGUAUGGCCAUCAACACCCCACUCCCAGGGUGUACUUAAAAUGUGAGUCAAUUUUUCAUAUACUUUUUCAGGGAAAAUACCUGCAUUAAGUGAGGCUAAAUAUGUUUAGGAGGUUGUUUCUUUAGUUUUAGAAUAGUAGUAUUUCUUUGGUAAACCCUAUAAUUUGUAGUUCAUCCUUGAUGGUGUUAAAGAUUCUUUACUCCAACUUAUUGAUAAUGAUGGAGGCAAGUGUAUUUUUUGUUCCCUGGUGAGUUUGGUCCAGAGCAGGCUUCUACUGCUGCCCUUCAUUAAACAAAACCUGGAAGGUAAAUGGUUUUGAUUAAAUCUUGAGUUCUGAGUUGGAAGAAGAUAAGUUAACCCUCUGCGCCGUGUGGUCUCUUUACAAUCAAGAGGCUGUACAUAUGUGAAAAAGUACAAAUUAAGAAUCUGUGUUCAUAGACAAUCUGAACUGUGUUUCUGAAGUUUGUGCACAUUUUUCUUCACUGUAAUGUUAUUUUACAUCUGUUUGUUAAAAUAGUAAUUUAAUAAUCCUAAGAGUAACAGGUUUUAUGUGAGUGUGCUUGUGUACGUGAGAAUUGCCUUGUUUUCAGGUCAUUUUAUUUAAUGUUGGUUCCUUGGACAGUAUUCUGAUGUUCAUCAAUCAAUAUGGAAUAUUUGUCAUUAAAUCCUUAUCAGUCU